AUGGGCUGGACCCCCUUGCAAGAAUAUCAGAUCUCUCGGCCUUCGGUACAUGCAGUUGUCCGAACACCAACAGCCCCUGUCAAGAUGCACUUGGUGGCUUUCUGUGAUCAAUACCCGUCUAGUGUUUUGGUUUUUGUCGGUCAAAAUCUGAAAAGCAAAACAUCAAUUUCGGCCCUUGCCCAACGGUCCGGGGUACGGUACAUCACUCUUUCUCAGCAACUGCUGGGAUCUAAUGUCGUGGCCGGUUGUGCCCGCCAAUCAAUUCCCGACAGGUCAUGGUUCCAACAUAAUUGUCAUGUUGGUUACUAUUCUGACGUGUCUCUUCUCUUGGUUCAAUCCUAUACAAUCUGGAUCCAUCCUUUUAAGCCAAGGCAGCGGACAAGGCUUGAGGCCAAUUUAUUCAAUUCAAAGUUGGGGGCCAUGUUCUAA